CGAUUCAGUUCAGUCUUGAACCUACUUUGUGUUGCGUCUACAAUUACAACAAGCUCUUACGCUACAGAGCAUCCAAAUCUAUAAAAACGUGCAUUUUUUAAAUGCCGCGCAAAGAAUUGUGCAAACCAAACUUUUGAAAACCGAAAUCAAAUCAAAUAUUUUGGCUAAGCCAAAGGUGUUUAAAGAAAAAAACUGUGCGAACAAAAAAUUUUUAACAGUCACCAAGGUUAAACUUUGAAUGGUGCCAGUGUUAGUUAACGACUCGAAAAUUGCUAAAUACACUUCCAAAAUCUAUACUAAAUCGAACAAUCGCAGCAAGCUGCAACUCACACAGCUACUUUUCAUAUUCAACAAUUUCAAUUUAAAAUUUGUCGAAAUGGCUUUGCCGCAGGGAGCCUUCGCGGCAUGUAAAUUACGUGAGCAGUUCCAGGAGAAAGACAUGAUUGUCUCGCGCCUAAGAGCUGCGAACAUUUCUGAUAAAAUUGACAAUAAUGCACAACGUGAAUACUCGCCGGCCAAGUACAAUGAUAAGCUAAUGAAUUCCAUUUGGGGCCUCUACAAUCGCUAUUCGCCACACAAUGUCAAGAAGAACGAGUACGCCCCGCCUAAAUUCUAAUUAAAUCUGGCGGC